UGAGUGCCUCCUUCCGCAGCAGGCCCAUCUCCGCCCUUUGUAGCGCUGCCGUGGAGGAGCUGAUGGUCUCCAUAUUUUCUCUCCCACGCAUUCGGAGAAGCCUACCCUUUCCGCCUCGCCCGGACCCCGAGAUGCCAGCCCCACAGUGCGCCUCCUGCAACAAGGCGCGCGCCGCCCUCCGCCGCCCGCGCUUGGGCCAGGCGCUGUGCGGCACCUGCUUCUGCGCCGCCUUCGAGGCCGAGGUGCUGCACACAGUGGUCGCGGGCCGCCUGCUGCCGCCCGGCGCCGUGGUGGCCGUGGGCGCCUCGGGCGGCAAGGACUCCACGGUACUGGCGCACGUGCUGCGCGAGCUGGCCCCGCGCCUGGGCAUCUCGCUGCGCCUCGUGGCCGUGGACGAGGGCAUCGGCGGCUACCGGGACGCGGCGCUGGCGGCCGUGCGGCGCCAGGCGGCGCGCUGGGAGCUCCCGCUCACCGUCGUGGCCUACGCAGACCUCUUCGGGGGCUGGACGAUGGACGCCGUGGCCCGCAGCACAGCCGGCUCCGGCCGCAGCCGCUCCUGCUGCACCUUCUGCGGGGUGCUGCGGCGCCGGGCGCUGGAAGAAGGGGCGCGCCUCGUGGGAGCCACGCACGUUGUGACAGGACACAACGCCGACGACAUGGCGGAGACCGUGCUCAUGAACUUCCUGCGGGGCGACGCGGGCCGCCUGGCGCGGGGCGGGGGCCUGGGCUCGCCGGGCGAGGGGGGCGCGCUGCCGCGCUGCCGCCCGCUGCAGCUGGCCUCGCAGAAGGAGGUGGUGCUGUACGCGCACUUCCGCCGCCUCGACUACUUCUCCGAGGAGUGCGUGUACGCGCCCGAGGCCUUCCGCGGCCACGCGCGCGACCUGCUCAAGCGGCUGGAGGCGGCGCGGCCGUCGGCGGUGCUGGACCUCGUGCACUCGGCCGAGCGCCUGGCGCUGGCCCCGGCCGCGCGGCCCCCGCCGCCCGGCGCCUGCGCCCGCUGCGGGGCGCUGGCCAGCCGCGCGCUCUGCCAGGCCUGCGCCCUCCUGGACGGCCUGAACCGCGGCCGGCCCCGCCUGGCCAUCGGCAAGGGCCGCCGGGGGCUGGACGAGGACGGGCCGCCGCGGGAGGCGGAGCCGGAGCCGUCCGGACCCCCGGCCUCCGAGCCGGUCCCCGCCUUCUAGAGACGCCAGUUCUCCGCGGGGAUCCGACGCCGUGGGAGCGCGGGGCCGCCUGCAGAUGACACUGUGGAUAAACCUGAGUUACUUUGGCCUCCGGCUUCGGUGCGAGGUGGGGAGGGAAACGGGAACUGCAACCUGUGACCCUGCAGAAACUGGGGCGCUGGGCUCCUGGGGCGGGGGAGGCGCCUGGGGGCCGGGUCUCCUGAGUCUCAGGGAGGAGAGGACUGAACAGCUUCCCACUCCUGAGCGAGUGGGAGUUAGGGGGCUGCUUGCCUGCACGGCUGUGGGGUUCUGGGCAUGCUCGGAUAGUCCUAACCCUUCUUGAGCGCCUACUGUGUGCCUGAUGUUUCAUGUUUGCCAGCAGUGGGAUAAGCAAACCACUUAACUUGAUGGACACACGUCAGUUACAGUAAUCAUGAUGCUUCUCUGUGAGCACCCCGCAUACUGCAGGCGCUGCACCAUCCCAGUUCAUCUGCACCAGGAUCUCACUGGCUGUAGCCUGAGGCCCAUAACUGGCCUGAGGUCCCCUUGCUGGAGAGGGACCAAACCAGGGGCUUACACCCAGGUCUGCCCGGAGCUCUUUAAGAUAGUGAAUUUAGUCCUUCCUUCUCCCACCCCACCCCCUACCCCCAACUGAAUCUCUCCUGAUGUCUCCCUGUGAUGGGUGGGGAGCAGCUGGGGGGUUCCCCAGACCCCAGAUUCUGGAGGCAGAGCUGGGUAAGCCUGGGUUAGUGAGUUAACCUCGCUAGUCUUCCAUUUCCUCCUCUAAAAAUGGAAUCAAAGCAUUACUGUAAAUAUUUGAUAAAUUGUUCAAUAAAUAGUGUCCGACUUGUUCGUAUUAAA